AUGCCACCGACACGAAGCCUACGACAGCGUACAGCUACUAAUGAAAACGAUGAGAAUGCAACUGCAGCAUCCACACGGCUCACCAGGGCCAAGGCUGCCGCCCUGUCUUCUGUUCCUGAGCCCCAAACAGGCGCAGUCAAGAAGGCCUUAGGCACGAGAAACACGGUCAACACAUCCACCACUACUGCCUUACAACGAAAGAGAGCUGCUCUUGGAGACGUGAGCAACGUGUCGAAGCAGGAUAAUGGCGAUGGCAAGCAGCUCAAGAAACCGACUUCCACUCGCGCUGCACUCACCUCCAAGUCCGCCACUCAGACAGGAGGCGUACAGAAAGUCACCCGCACAAACUCGACAAGAACAGCAUUAGGGGUCAAGGACUCAAACAAGAGAGAAACCACCGCAGAACCGAAGCGCCCUGGCAGUGGCUCUGGUGUGAUGGGCGGUCUCCAGACAAAACGCCACAGCCAGAAGCCUGCCCGAGCUGAAAGUGUUGUUAACGAGGAGCCGCCACGCAAGAAGCUUGACAGUGGGAAGGAUGUACCAAAAGCAGAAGAAAAGUUGGAGGAGAAGGUGGUAGAAGAGGAAAAAGUUGAGGUCAAAGUUGAGGUCAAAGUCAAGGCCGAAGUUGAGGCCGAAGCCAAAGUGGAUGUCGUUGAUUCCCAGGAAUCAGCCCUGGAUGAAGCCAAGGAAGAACGUGACGUUGACGUCGUGAUAGAUUUGGAUGCCGAAGAUCUCUACGACCCCAUGAUGGCCACAGAGUACGUCGUCGAUAUUUUUGAGUAUCUCAAGGAACUUGAGCCUGUCACCAUGCCCAACCCUGACUACAUGGACCACCAAGAUGAACUAGAGUGGAAGAUGCGAGGUAUCCUGGUUGACUGGCUCAUCGAAGUCCACACCCGCUUCCGUCUACUCCCAGAGACUCUCUUCCUCACAGUCAAUAUCAUUGAUCGAUUCCUCUCUGUCGAGAUUGUCACUCUUAACCGGCUCCAGCUCGUUGGUGUUACUGCUAUGUUCAUUGCUUCCAAGUAUGAAGAAGUUCUCUCUCCACACGUUGCCAACUUCAGCCAUGUUGCCGACGACACCUUCUCGGACAAGGAGAUUCUCGAUGCCGAGAGGCAUAUCCUCGCAGUUCUCAACUACGACCUCAGCUACCCCAACCCAAUGAACUUCCUGCGCAGAAUAUCCAAGCCUGACAACUAUGACGUCCGAACAAGGACGCUCGCCAAGUACCUUAUGGAGAUUAGCUUGGUCGACCACAGAUUCAUGAAGUAUCGUCAAUCACACAUUGCCGCUGCCUCCAUCUUCCUUGCUCGUGUCAUUUAUGAUCGCGGCCCAUGGGAUGCAACCAUUGCUUAUUAUUCUGGUUAUACCAAAGAAGAGAUUAUGCCUGUGUAUGAACUGCUUAUUGAUUAUCUUUGCCGACCACCUGCCCAUGAAGCAUUCUUCAAGAAGUAUGCUAGCAAGAGAUUCCUCAAAGCCUCAAUCAUGACUAGACAAUGGGCAAAGCAGUACCAUGCUAUGUACCUGAAGGCCAAGAACAAUGCUGCUCGCGAGCAAGACCCGAAACCUAAGUCAAAAGUCGCAUCGUCAUAG